AUGUUCUUGUCUCAGAAACUGUAUGCUUCUUCUAUUAUUGACAAGGUCGGCAUGUCUAAAUGUAGCCCUUGUCCAACACCUGUUGACACAAAAUCAAAACUUAGUGCUACUCAUGAUGAGCCUUAUGAGGAUCCCACUAAGUACAGGAGUCUUGCAGGUGCUCUUCAGUAUCUAACUUUUACUAGACCCGAUAUUUCAUAUGCUAUUCAACAGGUUUGCCUUCACAUGCAUGAUCCGCGCAAUGCGCAUAUGGGUGCCUUGAAGCGUAUUUUGCGCUACUUACAGGGUACAUUGUCUUUUGGUUUGCAUCUGUAUAAGUCCUCUAUUGACAGACUUGUUUCUUAUACCGAUGUCGAUUGGGGGGGGGGAUGCCCCGACACCAGGCGAUCUACUUCAGGUUAUUGUGUAUUUUUAGGGGAUAAUUUGAUUUCCUGGUCUUCUAAACGGCAACCCACUUUGUCUAAAUCCAGUGCAGAGGCCGAGUAUCGUGGGGUUGCUAAUGUAGUGUCUGAUUCAUGUUGGAUCAGAAAUUUGUUGCUUGAGCUUUUCUUGCCUAUUCGUAAAGCAACUAUUGUUUAUUGUGACAAUGUGAGUGCCAUCUACCUCUCUGGAAAUCCGGUGCAACAUCAACGCACAAAACACAUUGAGAUGGACAUUAAGGCCCUAUUAGCAAAAUGUUGUUGUAGACUUGUAGGGGCGGCAAUUAACUAUGAAGGUAUUGAAAUUAAAGCAUGA